UAAUAAUCUAAUUCAACUUCCGACGCAACGUGACGUCAUCCGGAAAUCUGCUGCAUUAACCAAUCAGAUGCGUGCAAAUGCGCAUGCUGGUGUAAUACUUUGCAACGUGCACGUUGUUUUCUGCUGUUUACCUCAAGAUCAUCACCAGUUAAGAUACGAGUCUUUUACAGGAUUUUAUAUAAUGGCUAAAACAUUUGAACAUGUGAAAGCAGCUAUCCAGUCACUUCAUAAAAACACCACUUCAGAAGAAAAAGUGAACUUCUACAACUCCUGGGCAGAGAACUAUGAUCAGGAUGUGGUUGUUCUGGAGUACCGUGCCCCAAGUCUGGCGGCAAAUAGCAUUUCCUCCCAUUUCAGUGGUGAUCGUGACACAGCUGUCGUGCUGGAUGUGGCCUGUGGUACUGGACUGGCGGCCAAACAGAUGAAGAGUCAUGGAUUUGGACAUUUCGUGGGUAUUGAUGGAAGUGAGGCUAUGUUGAAGGUGGCCAGAGAGAGUGGGUUGUACCAGGAGCUGAAGCAGUGCAUGAUGGGAGAGGAGCCACUACCUGCCCAGUGGGAUUCGUUUGAUGUGGUUGUGAUUACCGGAGCACUGAGUGUUGGUCAUGUCCCGAUCACUGUGGUCAGAGAGUUGUGCAGAUCCACAAAACCAGGUGGCUACGUUUGUAUGACAACCAGAAGUAACCAUGACAAUCUGGACUACAAAGCUGACCUGGAGCGUGAGCUGAAGCAGAUGGAGGAAGAGGGGCUCUGGAAUUGUAUAGAGGCCACUGAGGUGGAGAACUGGGAGAAAGCGGUGUCAAACCAGGAGGACGGCUACAUAUCUGGUGUCGUGUACCUGUAUAAGAAACGACAACAAUAGCAUAGUGCAUGACAUUUUACAGGUGGCAUCACACCAGCAAAUGUACAAAACAGUAUUAUCCAAAAUGUGAAACUGAAUCACUGAUAAUUUAAGAGUUGAAAUUAAUAUUCAUGAUUACAUAUUUCAGUUUCAUAUUUAACAUCUGCAUUAGAUGCAUAAGCAUAAUGAAGUAGAAUUGGUAUCUGAAAAAUGUGCUUGUUGUUCAUAUUGUAAAGAUUUCUACAAGUGCAUUUCAUCUUGUGGAUAAGCACUAAAGUGUCCCUCACACAAAUGAUUGCAUAAAAAUGAAAAGUGUUUAAUAAAAGA